UGUGUGUGUGUGUUUGUUUUUAUUACAUAGUGGGGUCCUCAACACGUUAGCACACUCACAUAGUGGGGACCGAAAACAUAGUGGGGACCAAAUCCCCGGUCCCCACAAUGUUUUGCUUGUAAUCGGCUCAGGAGGCGGUGCUGAUAGGCCUAGUGCAGUUUUUUUCUUGAUCCCCUCCAUGAACAAAAACCGGAUUUCUGUGUGUGAGUGUGUGUGGCUGUGCGGAACUGCACCUCUACACACACAUAUGACGUAAUAUAUGAAGGUACACAUUUUUUUCAACUGCUCAUGCGCAAGUCGCUUAAUUAAAUGACAAAAACAACUUUAAACAGUGUCUAUCAAUGGGGAAAGUACAUUCUUACAGGUAAUUAACCUACUUGUAAAUAUUAUAUUACAUAAUUCAAUAAAUAAACAUCACAAAUUCGAAUUAUUUUUAAGAAUGUUUAUGUGAUGGAGUUUUCUAAUGAGAUUAAUUAACGUUAAAGUUUUUUCAGAAUCAUAAUCUUUGAAUGUGGCGAAUGAACUAUUGAUAAUCUUAAAUUUCACGUCGUUAUACAAUUUAAAGUGUUUACUUGUGCGUGUUACUGCGUAUUGUAAAGUGUUAUUAACUGCGGCGUGGCGGGAGAUUGUGAGACCGCGUGACCUCUCUGAAUCACUGGAACCGGAGGAGCGACGUGAGACGGCCUGUUGAAAUGAGAAGGAGAAGAAUAAAACCGUUAAAAGAAGCGGAAGAUCAUGUUCUCCGUCGCAUCGACAAGACCGACGCACUGGAGGCCAAACACAUAAACGAGUAUAAAGGUCGUGGAGUGUUUGCCUUAAUUCCUUUUAUUAAAGGAGAUUUUGUUGUCGAAUAUAGGGGAGAAAUGAUCACCUUGAUUGAAGCCGAACAAAGAAGAGAGGCCAAUCAAGACACUUUUUUUAUGUUUGACUUCAUCUGGCAGAACAAGAAGUGGAGCAUUGAUGCAACUCAUGAGGAUGGCACCCUUGGCCGCCUUAUAAAUGAUGAUCACAUAAACCCAAAUUGUACAAUGAAAAGGAUUAUCGUUGAGGGAAAACCCUGUUUGUGCCUAUUCGCUGCAAGAGACAUCUUUCCUGGAGAGGAACUCACAUAUGACUAUGGAGGAAGUCACUGGCCUUGGAGAAAGCCUCCAUGCAAUGAUGAUGACAACAUGACAGCUAUAGAGAACUGCUCUGAGGAUUCUGUAACUACUGCAGGCACUUCACGAUUCACAGCUGAGCCUCCAUGCAAUGAUGAUGACAACAUGACAGCUAUAGAGAACUGCUCUGAGGAUUCUGUAACUACUGCAGGCACUUCACGAUUCACAGCUGAGCCUCCAUGCAAUGAUGAUGACAUUAUGACAGCUAUAGAGAACUGCUCUGAGGAUUCUGUAACUACUGCAGGCACUUCACGAUUCACAGCUGAGCCUCCAUGCAAUGAUGAUGACAACAUGACCGCUAUAGAGAACUGCUCUGAGGAUUCUGUAACUACUGCAGGCACUUCACGAUUCACAGCUGAGCCUCCAUGCAAUGAUGAUGACAACAUGACAGCCAUAGAGAACUGCUCUGAGGAUUCUGUAACUACUGCAGGCACUUCACGAUUCACAGCUGAGCCUCCAUGCAAUGAUGAUGACAACAUGACAGCUUUAGAGAACUGCUCUGAGGAUGUGUAUUUAUUAUCUCUGUCUGUGUCUGUCUCUGUCUGACAGAGAUUUUCUCUC